AUGCCAGGGAAGCGCAAGUCCAACGAGACGUCAUCGAUGCCGGGCUCGAAUCCGCCAAAGGACAAGAAAGUCAGAAUGGUUCCAAAGUCAAGUCACAGCAAUGUAGCAGCGACUGUAUCGACGGCCAUCACCACUGUCGUUGGUGGGAUCACAGCCAAGCUGCCGGCCCGAGUCAAGUCAAGCAAGAGUGGCGCAAAAGCCCAGCGUUCAAAGCCCGCAGGAUUUUAUCAGAGUGGAUCGAGCAACAGCGCGGUAUCUCCCAUCCAGCAGAACCUGAACAAACUCUUCGACCAGUAUCGAGACACACCCCAAGAGGCACCUGACAAGAUCGGUAUAGAGGGCGCCCAGCAGUACCUGACCGACCUUGGCGUCGAUCUCGAUGAAGUCGCUCAUCUGGCUAUCUGUGACCUGUUGCAAUGCCCGUCCAUUGGAGAAUUCGAAAGAGAUUCUUUCAUUUCCGGCUGGCGGAGCGUUUCCACCCCCGAUAAACUGUACGAUACGAUAGCUCGUCAAGCACAAUACAUCGAUAUCAUCCGAAAGAAACUGGCCAAGGACCCUGCGUACUUUAAACAGGUCUAUCGAAAUGCCUUUAAACUCGCCAAACCCGAGGGCCAACGAAGUGUGCCGAUGGAUUCCGCAAUCGAGUUCUGGAACAUGUUUUUCCGAGAGGGCAAAGGAGGGAUUCAAUGGAACACGCCGACGACAGAGUGGCUGGACUUGUGGUGUGCACAUUACGAAACCCACAGCAAGAGACCGGUCAACAAGGAUCUGUGGAACAUGGUUUGCGAGUUGGUCCUCAAAACGAGGGAGCCCGGUGGAGAGUCGCUUGAGUGGUGGACUGAAGAUGGAGCUUGGCCCAUGGCAGUGGAUGAUUUUGUGGCCUCUGUCAAAGCGAAGAGAAAGUCUGAAGGCGAUACUAUGGAUGUCAGUUGA